UGCGAGCUGCAACUUUAAUAUUUGUAUUAUUACAGAAACGUUCUACUUCAGGCUACGUCAUACAACGGCGUCAGAAUUCCAAAUUUCGCUUGUGUGAAUGGUUAAUACGCAUGCAAGGAAGUCAUCUCGGUGUGUUUCGGGUUUAAAGUACUGCUCGAAAUUUCAGCUUGCUCCGUGAGCUCGUCGGGAUUGAACGCUUGAAAGCGAAAUCGUUCGGUUUUCCAUGAAUUAGAGAUAUUCUGGGCUGUAGUUCCCCCCGAAUGUGGCGAGAGAUCGGCUCCUUUCUUCGGGAGCUCAGAUAGCGGUCGGUUUGGCUUGUUUUCGCUCGAGUAAUGGGAUGUAACCCGCAAGGAUUUGGCGAUGUGGGAUGAAGCGGAAUAAAGAAAAGUGAUCAGUUCAAACCGUGGGAAAGCAACUGCUUUCUGUCUAUGGAUUUAAUGUAGUUUGUUUUCUGGAUAUAAACGUGGAUUUUACUGGAAUACAGUUCCGUUUCGCAGAAGAUAUUGCUUUGUCACGCUGGCUUAUUUUCCCGAGGAAUAGAGGUCUGUUCCUCCCCAACCCCCCAGCGCCACAAACACUAAACAAAAGUACUAUAUGUCACAUAUAUGACGGUUGUUGUCAUGAAGGAAAUAAAUAAAAAUUGCUAGGGACGAAGAGAAUGUCAUCAGAGGAGAAAAGUCUGGACCCCUCUGACAAAGGACCCUCACCAACCCCUAGCGGCUCUGGGGCCACUCCAACUGGUAGUCCGGCCCCCACAGAUAAGCGGCCCCGGGGCCGCCCUCGGAGGGACGCAUUAUCCGCUGUACCCAGACAGAGAAAAAAGAAUCGUGGGCGAGGAAAAGCUCUGGUGGAGGAUGAAGACAGCACAGAUGGAAUGGAAACUGCAGAAACAGGAAGCACACAGGAGACAGCCACUAAAGCGCAGCAGGAGGAGAUGGAGGGCGUCUCUUCCAUGGCCGUCUCAGGAGAGGGGGAGGAAGAGGAGCAUUCGUCAUCAGCAGAGACGGGGGCGGCACAAAUAUCAUCAGCCUCUGGAGAAGCUAAAAGCAGUGAACAGCUCUGUGCCUUCUGUUACUGUGGUGGUCGAAGCCUGUUGGGCCAGGGAGAUCUGAAGCUAUUCAGGGUCGCCCCCGGACACGACCCACUCCAGCAGCAAUCCUCCACAGAAGAGGGCAACAGCCAUGAUUACAAGAGCGGGGCUGACAGCCAAUCAGGGAGGUGCAGAGGCUCAGAGAGUGCUGGGACUGAGGACGCAAAUGGCAGAUUAUGGGAUGAGCUCCGUCACGUUGGUCUGCCAGACGAUAUUGAUGCCCUAUCUCUCUUCGAUGAGUCGGGUCAAUGCUGGACCCAUCAAAACUGCGCGUUGUGGUCGAACUGUGUAAGUCAUGCGGAGGAUCAAUCACUGCUAAAUGUGGACAAAGCCAUCCACUCAGGGAGCACAGAGCAUUGUGCAUAUUGUAAGCGCCUUGGAGCAUCCAUCAAGUGCUGUGAGGAGGGAUGUGACCGCUCAUACCAUUACCCCUGUGCGGGGGCCGCUGGUACCUUUCAGGACUUCAGGAGGCACUCAGUCCUGUGCACACAGCACAUUGAGCUGGCUGUCAGCAAAUUUGAAGAGGAGGCGAACUGUGUAUUGUGUGACAGCCCCGGCGAUCUCCUGGACCAGUUCUUUUGCACCAGCUGUGGGCUGCACUACCACGGCAUGUGUCUGGACAUCAGUGUCACGCCUCUAAAGAGGGCAGGCUGGCAGUGCCCCGAGUGUAAAGUCUGCCAGACAUGCAAAGAGCCUGGAGAGGACACUAAGAUGCUAGUGUGUGAUAUGUGUGAUAAAGGCUAUCACACCUUCUGCUUACAGCCGGCUAUGGACUCUAUACCCACCAAUGGCUGGAGGUGUAAGAACUGCCGAAUGUGUGUUCAGUGUGGUGUGCGGAGCAGCGAGCAGUGGCACCACAACAUCCUGUUAUGUCAAAACUGUGUCGAUCAACAGGACACCUCCCUCUCCUGCUCUUGUCCCAGUGAUGUAGAUCCUGAUGUCCACAAAGACCUGCUUUCUUGCCAUCACUGCAAAAGGUGGUUCCACCCAGAGUGUGAGCGUUCAGUUGAAUGUCAUGCACAUGUUCAGCCCAAAGAUGAUCAGUUAUGUUCCAUCUGUAGAGAUGCCGGCAUUGAAUCAAACUCUGUGCGCACGGAUGUAGAAGUAGUUCAGGAGGAGAUUCAGCCACAUGUGGAGGUUGAAGAAGAUCCACAGCCAGUUCUGUCAAAUGAUCCUAAACCAGCCAAAGUUCAUGAUGCAGAACAACUCCAGCCUGUCAGUGAGAUGCCAAGUGAAGAUUUGGAAGAGGCUGAAAAACAAGAGAUUGACACCAGUAGCAAUUUAGCCGAGCCGGAGUCAAGCAAGACCACACACUGCAGCACAGAAAAUGAAAAAACUGCAGUCACAUCUCCUCAGGAGACUAAACGUCCUGAGGAUCCAGUGCCACACGAGCAGAAACUGGAUUCAGCUACCGACAUGUCCACAGUCCAGCAGCUCAUAACAUCUCCUGAAACACAACCGCCUCCAGAGACAUCAGCUAAACUUUCUGAAACCAUCCCGCAGCAUGAAGACAACAGCAAGCCCUGUCUAGAGGAGCAGAACACCAAUCCACUACCCACCAAAGUGCCAACUUCAGACUCCGCUUCCCUUGAGGAGGAACCCAUGGAGGUUUCCUGCACAGAGGAAGCUUCUGCAAAGACACAUGGAGUUGCUGAAGAGCCUAAGAUUAGUGCUGCUAAGACUGUAUCAGUCAAGGAGGAGAACAUGGAUGUCUUGGUGCAACAGCACAUGUUUUCCUGUGGCCACUUAGAGGAAUUGGACGUUACUAUCGAUGCUGAUGAGCGAAGUUUGGCCAAGCUGAGCUCGCUGGUGGAGGAGCGGACGUCGAUAAAGCGAUCCCCAUGCAGGCAGCCUGAGGGUUUGCCCUCAACUGGUUAUGGGACGUCCCAGCGACAGGUCCAAGUCCAUGCUGUUCCAGGAGAAGCCAUCAGCAAUGUGCCUUCAUCCAUCUUCAUACCACUUACUCCAAAAAUUGGCAUGGGCAAGCCGGCCAUCUCCAAGAGGAAGUUUUCGCCGGGAAGACCCAGAGUGAAGCAGGGUCGGGGGUCUGGCUUUCCUGGCAGGAGACGACCCAGAGGUUCGGGCGUCACAGGCAGGGGAGGACGUGGCCGUGCCAGAAUGAAGAAUGGGAUCCCUCCAAUCCCAACUCCUGGAGUAAACGUCAUGGAACCGAUGUGCAUAUUCAGGGAUGAGGAAGAAAAUGCCAUGCACAAUACAGUGGUGAUUUUCUCCAGCACAGACACGUUCACACUGAAACAGGAUAUGUGUGUGGUUUGUGGGAGUUUUGGGCAGGGUGUGGAGGGUCGACUUAUGGCCUGUGCUCAGUGUGGACAGUGUUACCACCCCUUCUGUGUUAACAUAAAGAUCAAUAAGGUGGUGUUGAGUAAAGGCUGGCGAUGUUUGGAGUGUACCGUGUGUGAGGCGUGUGGUCAGGCCAGUGACCCCGGACGCCUGCUGCUCUGCGAUGAUUGUGACAUCAGCUUCCACACCUUCUGCUUAGACCCGCCCCUGCAGAAUGUGCCCAAUGGUAGCUGGAAAUGCAAAUGGUGUGUGUCCUGUACGCAGUGCGGUGCCACGUCUGCAGGUCUGAGGUGUGAGUGGCAGAAUAAUUACACUCAGUGUGCCCCUUGUGCCAGCCUGGCAUCAUGCCCACUGUGCCAGCAGAACUACAGCGAGGAGGAGAUCAUCCUGCAAUGCCGGCAGUGUGACAGGUGGAUGCAUGCGUCGUGUCAGGGGAUCCACUCAGAGGAGGAAGUGGAAAGGAUCGCAGACUCCUGCUUUGACUGCAGUCUAUGUCAAGGCCACUCUCCCAUCUCUCAUGCGCAGCGAACGCCAGCCAGGUCUAAUGUGGAUAUAAUGGAGCCUGUUUUCAUGCCACACAGAGUCCCAAAAGCAAGAGAUGCUGACCUGAUAAGGACGUACACUCAGGACGGUGUUUGUCUCACAGAGUCUGGUCUGUCCCAGCUACAGAGUCUCGCCAACGCAGCCACCCGGCGGAGACGCUCCAAACCCAAACUCAAACUGAAGAUCAUCAACCAGAACAGUGUGGCUGUACUACAGACACCUCCAGACCCACAGACUGAACUCUCCAGAGAUAGAGAUAUCAACACCAAAGAAGUUGAUAUGGUGGAUGGUGAGGUGAAGUCAGACUCCAGCCCUGAAAGAGAAGCCACUGCAGAAGACGACUCUAAAGAUACAGAUGCCAGCAAGAAGAGGAAAAGGAAGCCCUACCGCCCAGGUAUUGGAGGUUUCAUGGUCAGACAGAGGAACCGGACGGGCCCUGGAAGAACCAAACCAGCCCUGGGCAGGAAGGACUCCACUGGCUCUGAGACCCUGCAGGGCAGAGACGAGAGUUGGGGAGACCAAGCACCUGACACACCAGUUGAUGAAAAACAUCCUUUGUCUGAUUUCCCAGACAAUCCUGAGGUUAAAAUACGGAAGCGUUAUAGGAAAAAGAAGACCAAACUGGAGGAAGCAUUUCCCACUUAUCUACAGGAGGCCUUUUUUGGAAAAGACCUGCUGGACCAGAGCAAACAGAGUCGACAGGAAACGACACGGCUGCUAGAGGAUGAGCGGGACAGGAAACAGCUUAUGACCAAUCAGAUGAAGCCAUCGUCUAACCUUUCACUCAGUGCAUUAGCAGCACCACUGUCCAGUAAAGCAGUAGCAGCACAGAACUGUGAGGAGCGAUUGGUGGAGCUGUCUGAAGAUCUCAAAUCAGACACAGAGCUGCUGGGAAUGUUCUCUAAUAAUAUUGGCAAGCAGACUGAGUCCGGUCUUGAUUUUUGCCCUUUCCAAGUUGACUACUCUCCUUCACCAUUUGGUCUGGAUGAUGCACCUUUAACAGAAGAGGCAUCAGUCUCAUCACAAACUCAUCUAGGCCGAGCCCACCCACGUCAGGCACCUGAUGAGCCACUGGAUGGCAUCCUCAGCCCUGAACUGGACAAGAUGGUCACCGAUGAAUCGAUACUCAGCAGACUAUACAAAAUACCAGAGCUUGGUGGGAAAGAUGUGGAGGAUCUCUUCACAGCUGUCCUGAGCCCCAGCACCAGCCAACCUCCUCAGAUGCCUCAACAGAUCCAAGGAACUCAACACCUGCAUGGUCCUCUAUGCCCUAGUUUACACCCUUCUCAACCCAACUCAGGAAUGUCUUCACGGAUGCCAGUGAUGAACGGUCUGAUGGAAUCCAAACAGCAGUUUCCAGAGUCCCACAUAGGUCCUGGAGUGGGGCCUGAUAUGAAUCGAAAUAUCCCCCCAAUGGAGUGCAUGCCUUUCUCAGACAAUCUUAGGGACAGGAAGUUCAAUCUCAUGGUGCAGGAGACCGCUGGUCCAUGGUCUGCUACAGGUUCAGCCUCUGCCUCUGCUCCAGCUGCUGCCUCUGAGGCAGAGGGAGACUGCAUGUCCACCGCACAAAAGAGCACUCUGAAGUGGGAGAAAGAGGAGACGCUUGGAGAACUCGCCACUGUCGCACCUGUCCUUUACACUAAUGUCAACUUCUCAAACCUCAAAGAGGAAUAUCCAGACUGGUCAACACGUGUUAAACAAAUUGCAAAACUGUGGAGAAAAGCAAGUUCACAAGACCGGGCUCCAUAUGUGCAAAAGGCCAGAGAUAACAGGGCAGCCCUACGCAUUAACAAAGUCCAAAUGUCCAACGAGACCAUUAAGCGGCAGCAGCCCCAACCUCAGCCACCUUUAGAAGUGUUUGAUCCUGCUAUUCCACCACUGGACCCCGAAUUACUGUUCAAAGACCCUCUGAAGCACAAGGAAUCAGAACAUGAACAAGAAUGGAAGUUUAGACAGCAAAUGAGACAGAAAAGUAAGCAGCAAGCUAAGAUUGAAGCUACACAAAAGCUUGAGCAAGUGAAAAAUGAACAGCUUCAACAGCAGCAACACCCAUCAGUCAGUCAAUCUGAUCAUGACUCCUCUGGCAGCAUGAAGAGCCCUGUCUCUGUGCAGUCUAAUGAUGGAAGCAUGUCUCCCAAUUUACCCAGUUCAAAAAAUGGGGUUUUAAAGUCACAGAUGCCUGGCACACCCACAUCAUGUUCCCAGGAUGAUGUCUUUUUACGUCCUCAUCCUCUACCCCCUUCUUCUGGAUCUCAGCCACAGUCCCCUCAGAUGUUCUCCCCAAGCUCAUCUGGCUCUAGACCAUCCUCACCCUGGGAUCCAUACUCAAAAAUGGUGGGCACACCCAGACCCCCAAUUACUGGGCAGGGAACUCCACGCCGUAACUCUGAAUCAGGGAAAUCUCCCAGGGGUCAUUCAGAACCCAUUGGUUCACCAACAGCCAACAUAGGUAAUGACCCUUAUGCCAAGCCACCGGACACCCCAAGACCAGUAGGGACUACAGACCCUUUUCUCAAGCCUAUGUGCCCUCCCAGAGCAAGUCAGACUUUGGAAGGGAGGCAUCAUAUUGGCUCCCCUGUCCAUGAUCCAUUCUCUAGGGUGUCUGUUAGAAAGGAAACCUACCAGAGAAUGCCUCAGAGUAGGAUGAUACUCUCAGAUCCUUAUGCACAUCCUUUACUCACUCCUAUCCCAGGCAGUAAUGAAUCAGGUUCUGUCCAGGUCUUUAAAACCCCUAUGCCACCCCCUCAGGCUCAAGAACAAUACGCAGGAAUGCAUUCACGGAGAGUAACUGGGGAUCCCUUUGAAAGACCAAUGAUGUCCACUCGUUCUUCUGAGGGAUUCACCCAGAAUCAACAGAAUGAUCCAUAUGCGCAGCCACCACUAACUCCACGACCUGCAGCCAGUGAUGGCUAUGCAAAUCCAAGGAUUCCACAGCAGCCCCAAAAUCAACCAUUUUCUCAGACAGUGGCACGCCAGCCAUGUAACCCAUAUACUCGCGCUCCUUCCACCCCUCGGCCUGACUAUUAUCAGUGUGACCCAUAUGGACAACAACCUGAUACACCACGACCUUCGACUGACCCUUUUGUGCAGUCUCCAUUUUCUAACCCUUAUGCUAGAAUGCCUGGCACACCUAGACCACAUGACCCUGAACCCUUCUUGCAGCAGCCAGCCUCUCGCCAUCUGGUCAUGAUAAACCAACCCUCCCCACAGCAGAAUCAAAACCACAUAAUGUCUCCUAUGUCAAUGGACCCUUAUGCACAACUCCCUGGAACACCAUGCUCAGGAAUGGCAGACAGGUUCCCCAAAUCUCCGAAUCACCAAAGGACCCCUGAAUCUUUCAGUCAACCUCCAGGACUGCCACGUAUAGUAGGACCUGAUCCUCAUGCACAGUUGAUAGGAAGAUCCCAGUCAUUACCAAAUGAUUCAUGUGUUCAUCCCUCAAGAACAUUGCACCCUGGAGGUCCUGGAAUGGCCAUGAGACCUGGGCCUAUGUCUAGUCAAGAUCCAUUCUCUCCUCAAGUCUUGAUGCAAGACAAUUUUGCCAGUCCUACAAAACAUGGACCACAGUCCUUCAAACAUCUUGGAAUGGCAAAUGAUACUGGCUCUCAGACACUUUCUAGUCGGCCCAAUCAAACACCUAUCCAUGAUCCCUUUGAGCAGGUCCCCAUGAUUUCACAUCCUCAUUGUGGAGAAAAUAAAGAGCAACAAGGUUUGGUACAGAGUAUCAAUUCCCACACUAUGGGUCAACCCAGCACUGUAGCUCAAACUGUACCUCUUGUUGAAGCAGAGGAAAGACUCAGACAGCGUCAGCGUAUUCGAGAGCUGAUUCUCAGACAGCAACAGCAAAAAAGUGCUAUACGUCAAGAGAAGGGUGUACAGGAUCAUCCUUUGGCCAUGCCUCCAGGAACCCCUCAACACUGGAGUCAAGAGACUACAGGCCAGCAGUGUGAUGUUUUUAAUCGACCACCACCACCAUAUCCUGGUCCAGGACCUGUAAGAGUCCCUCAGAGAUUCCAUGGACCUUUCCCAGGAGAUCAGCAGGGGCAUUUCCCAGAAGGCCAUUUUCCUAGACCACAGUUUUCUGGGAAUACUGACUCAAAUUUAAGGCAGCUCAGGCCAAGGAUGUCCAUCACUCCUAGCAUCCAAGGUCUUCUGGGAGCUCCAAGACCCCAUCAAAUGCAGGAUUCAAUAAUGGAAGCUCAUCCACAGAUGAGACGGUCCAUGUCUAUGGACUUAGGAAAAUCAUUAGGAAGCUGUCCUAUUGGAACCCCACAUUUGCCUCCUCGUGGCAUGCCCAUGCAACAGCAUAACAUCAUGGGACAGCCUUUCAUUGAACUGAGACACAGAGCACCAGAUAAUAGACUGCGUCUUCCCUUCGGACCUCCAAUCAUGCAGGGAAAUCAAAUGGAAUCACCUUCACAGCAACGACCCCCAGGAUUCAUGGGUGGGCAAGAAAUAAGAUUCCCCUUCUAUCAGGUACCAAAGCAUAUGGACAAAACAAUGAAUCAGUCUCAGGUAGCUGUUACACAGAUGCAGGGCUCUUUGAGCAUGGGGAAUAUACAUCAGGCCAAUGUUCCACUAAGAGCUGGACAUCCACAAAUCCCUCUCACAAGGUCUAUAAACCAACCUGCUUCCAAUGAGACCCUCAGUGCUCCCUUACUCACAAAUUUUGCUGCUACACCUGCUGCACCAAACGAUGAGGUCCCUUUAUCCACAAAUGAAGUACCUGAGGAGAAGAUUGAUACUGAUGAAUCUGAUGUGAAGGACCUGGAAGAUGUGGAAGUAAAGGACUUUGUAGAUGCUGAUUUAGAGAACUUAAACCUUGACGCAGAUGAUGGCAAGGACUUAGAUCUUGAAACCAAUGACCUGCAUUUAGAUGAUUUUUUAACAUCUGGAAAAUUUGAUAUUAUAGCUUAUACUGAUGCUGAUUUAGAUCUUAGUGAGGACUUGGAUCUCAGUGAUACUAUGGAAGACCACACUGAAAUGUCUGAUGUCCUAAAGCCAAAGGCUGAGAAAAAGACUGAAGGUUUUGAUGGUGCAUCCUCAUCCUCUUGUUCUGCUUCAACUGUGAAGGAUAUGGUUGACAAGACUGCUCAGUCUCAAAGCAACAUCAAUCAAGAAACUCCUCAGGUUCAGGGAUUAGUUUCCUUGAAAGUAGAAGAAGAUAGCAAAAAUGGAAUCAAAGAUUGUCUGUCCCAAGAAACCUUGUGCAAGGAUCAGCUAAAUGAUGGUGCUGCUAUUAAUCAAGUUGACAUGGAAAGUCAUAUUGAUGCCACUUUACAGGUUACAAAGACUGGAAUUCAUCCUAAUGUGACUCGAGUGAUUUCAAGUUUGCUGGUCAAUGUACCAUCAGAUGGUGAAUCACUAAAGCAAGAGCACUGUGGGCAGUCAGUGGUACAAAGUAACCCUUCAAAUCAGGAAACUUCAAUGCAGCUCAGUUCCACUAUGCUGAGGCAAGGAAACUUUUCUGUGCAAGUGAUGGACUCUGGCCUCAGUAUAGACCAAUCGUUGGUGUCUUCUAGUGAAACUAAAUUAGAAGUCCAAGUCUCCAUUCAGGAACAAGCACAAAGCCAUAUAUUUGGUAUGGAUCAAAAGGAUGCUCUACUCUCAGGGGAACAACACAGUAUUCUUACUCAACAGGCAAUGCUUGCACAGCAAGGCCAGAACAGACCACUGCUUCUGGAGGAGCAGCCUCUCCUUCUUCAAGACCUCCUGGAUCAGGAGAGGCAUGAGCAGCAACAGCAGAAGCAAAUGCAAGCUAUGAUAAGACAGCAUUCCAGUGAUACUUUCUUCCCAAACAUAGAUUUUGAUGCUAUCAAUGACCCCAUUAUGAAGGCAAAGAUGGUCGCAUUGAAAGGCAUCAAUAAAAUGAUGGUACAGAACAACUUGGGAAUGUCUCCAAUGGUCAUGAACAGUGUCCAGACAGGGCAGGGACCACCAAGUGCUGAUGGAGGUUUAAUUCCAGAGCAGUUGGCAGGACAGGAUGGCAAACUUGCUCCCCACAUGACAAGACCCAAUCCUCCAAAUUUUGGAACAGGAUUUGUCCAUGAUGCCCAGAAGGUUCAGUAUGAGGACUGGCUCAGGGAAACCCAGCAGCUGCUUCAGAUGCAGCAGAAGUUUCUAGAGGAGCAGAUCGGAGCACACAGAAAGUCAAAGAAGGCCCUGUCAGCUAAGCAGAGAACUGCCAAAAAAGCAGGAAGGGACUUCCCUGAAGAGGAUGCAGAGCAGCUGAAACAUGUGACAGAGCAGCAGGGGGUGGUGCAGAAACAGCUGGAGCAGAUCCGCAAACAGCAGAAGGAACAUGCAGAGCUUAUAGAGGAAUACAGGGUCAAACAACAGCAACAGGAUGGUAUACAGCCCCCAAUGAUACCUGGAAUGCCAACAAUGCAGCCACAUGUUGGCAUGAUGCCAGCUGGACCACCUAUUAACCAACCUAUGAUUGGUUCUGUGAUGCCAAUUCGGCCUCACCCUGGCCAGCCAGAUGCAGCUAAUACACCCAACACAACAGGCUGGCACCCUGGAGCUACUGUUCCCAGCAGAGGACUUCAAAUGCCAGGAGUAAUGCCACCUCAAGUAGUGCAGGCACAGCCUUUACAGCCACCAGUUAAUAUGCCCAGUCAAGGGCAAACAGGUGGCGAGUCUCCUCAUGUGAAUUUUGAUGACACCAACCCAUUUAGUGAAGGCUUCCAGGAGCGGGAGCGUAAGGAGAGACUACGCGAACAACAGGAAAGGCAAAGAUUCCAGCUUAUGAAGGAGGUGGAAAGGCAUCGUGGGAACCAUUGCAUGGGGAUGGAGCAACAACAAGUCCCUAACUGCCAAGAUGGUAACAUCAGAGCCCUUUCCCAGAUGCCUUUUUACAACCAGGAGCUACCGCAAGACUUUAUGCAGCCACCCAGGAUGCAGCAGCAGAUGCAAGGGCCAGCAUUUCAACAAAAACAGGGCAUGCAGCCAGGGUUUGGAGGUGGGCCACCCAGACCAAUGAUGGGUAACGGGUCAUUCCCUCAGGAAAUGAGACCAGGAUUUGUUUCGGAGAACCUAGCGACACAUGGGCCGAACUUCGUCCAAACACAACCUAUACCACAGAGAUAUCCUGGGCCAAAUAUGAUGCUUCAAAAUCCAGCUCAAGGGAAUACAUUUUCAAUGGAAGGGCCUACGCACUUGCCUUCAAACUUUCCAGGUCCUGGUCCAUCGCUUAUCCAACUGUACUCCAACAUCAUCCCAGAGGAGAAGGGCAAGAAGAAAAGCAACCGUAAGAAGAAGAAAGAAGAUGAUUGUGAGUCAUUGAGAGCCCCCUCGACACCUCACUCAGACCUAACAACUCCUUUAACACCCUGUGUCUCAGAUACAUCAUCCACACCUACAAGGAACCCAAUGAUCUUUGGAGAGCAUGAGCUCUGUGAGACGUCUCAGCCCGGUUCAUCUACCCCAGGCUCCAUGUGCAGCCAGCCCCACUCUGAACUGGAGCGCCAGCUCUCUGAAGGCAACAGUGGUGGAGGGGCAGAGAUGGGCAUUAGCCAUCAAGAGAUGCAUGACAGGAUCCUCUCCAACAUCAAAUUGGAGAAGGUGGAGGCAAGUGAGUGCCAUGGAGAUAAGGGAAUGGUGAUGGAAUUAGGAUCAGGCAUGGUCAAGGUGGAAGGAGACAGGGAAAGAAUGUUACCCCAUCCUGCGAGCCAAAGUCCAGCAAAUAGCUCGAAAGGAGAAGCUGGGAAUGAGCUUCUCAAACACCUACUGAAGAUUAAAAGAACCCCACCUCCUGUACUGCUCCACCAAAGAUCUGAAGACAGCCUGAGGUCAGAGGAAGAUGGAUCCAUAGACAGCAAAGCAUUUUUACGGCAGACCUCGAUGGACAGCACUGGGACGUUCUCUGAUUCAAACCACCCUGAUUUCCCUGGAUCAUUACUUCCAGAGGACAAGAAGAAGCAGAGGAACAAGAGGGCACCCAAGAGUGGGGAGAGACCAGCCCCCCGCUGUAAAAAGAGGAAGAAAGAGGAAGAUGACAGUCUAGCAAUGUUUUCCUCUACUGAGCCAGUAAUGACCCAGUUAAAACAGCAGCAGCUCUCUCUUUUGCCUCUAAUGGAGCCUCUGGUGGGGGUAAACUUUGCACACUUUGUACCCUAUGGAGGCGGAGAGCUGGACGGAGAGAGCCGUCUCUUGGGCACAUUUGGGAGCGCCUCAUUGGAUGGUGUUUCAGACUAUUACUCCCAACUGGUUUAUAAGAAUAAUCUGAGUAAUCCCCCCACUCCUCCUGCCUCCCUGCCCCCAACCCCUCCUCCGGUUGCGCGGCAGAAGUUGGUCAAUGGAUUUGCCACAACAGAAGAGCUUUCCAGCAAAGGUGUCAUUGUUGCUGGGCAUGAUGUUACCAAAGGGCUCCUUUCGAGACCACUGCAAUUUAAAGCUGAGGAGGAGCUGUUGACUCGAGGUCUGGCUCAGGGGGCCAAAACUGUGAACGUGCCAGCCUCUCUUCCGACCCCACCCCAUAACAACCAUGAGGAGCUCAGGGGACAGGAACACUGUGAAGACCGAGACACCCCAGACAGCUUUGUCCCGUCUUCAUCACCAGAGAGUGUUGUUGGAAUGGAGAUCAGUCGCUUUCCAGAUCUCACAUUGGUCAAGGAGGAACCUCCCUCUCCAGCCUUGUCUCCUGUAAUCCCCAUGUUUCCUGUCUUUAGGGGCAAAGUCUCAGAGUUCAAGCUACGAGAGGUCAAGACAGAGGCUUCAUCGAUGUUCUUUAGCUCUUCGUUUGGAUCAGCGCAGAAUGGUUCCAACACAGGGCUGGUUUCCAUUGCCAUCACCCUGAAGCCAGCUGCUGCUAAGAACAUCACUGAUGUUGUAGCGGCCAUUGCUAACCUGAUCCGUGUAAAGAUCCCCAGUAGUUAUGAGGUCAGUAGUGGACCAGGGACUAUGGGGGCCAUCAAGACCUCCAUGGAGCCACAGCGUCCAGCCUCUGCUCUUCAAGAGCCGAAUGGACCAGGGGCUCCACGACAAGGGCCACGACAACUGAAGCUUCAUCAGAACCAUAACAAAAGUCUGGUUGAUGGUAGAGAGAAGUAUGAAAAGUGGCGAGCCAGCCUGGGGCCAAAGCAACAAUGUUGUCAACACUGUAAAGUGGUUGUCUUGGGUAACGGUGUGAGGAAAACUACCAAAGAUGAGCAAGGCAAAGCACUGGAGUCCCAGUAUAGCUCAGAUGGGGGUCUGUUGUUCUGUAGUCAUAGCUGUUUCAUUUUGCACUCGUCAGCCUCGCAGUCCAAUGGAAACCUGGACAACAAGGCAUCUGUUGCUAUCCUCCCGGAAAGUCCUUCCAAAGUCCAGCACCAGUACAGCAACAACAUGUCCUCGCUGGAUGUCCACUGCCUGGCACAGCUCCAGCCAAAGCCGUCCCCUCCCUCUCUGACCCCUCACACAGUUUUUACCUCAACCGUGCCAGGUAAAGCAAUCAAGACAGAGCCCAAACCUGAAACCAUUGCAGAGAGCCAUCUUAAAGUGACUGUUAAGCUAAAAUCAUGUUCCCAAAUCCAAGACAAACCAUGGCAUCAUGGCAAACGCUGGAAAGGCCUACGCUGGCGAAAGUGGACAGGACAGAUUGUGAUACCGAAAGUUGCCGCCCAAACAUCAGAGUCAGUCGAGGAGCUCCUUAAGCAACUGAACUCAUCUCUACGGCCCUGCUCCAUCACCCGUGACCGACGGCUGUGCUGUUUCUGCCAACAGGAAGGUGAUGGGUUGACGGACGGUCCUGCCAGGUUGCUCAGCCUAGAUUUGGAUACCUGGGUGCACCUGAACUGCGCCCUCUGGUCCUCUGAGGUCUACGAGACACAAUCUGGUGCCCUGAUCAAUGUGGAACUGGCACGCCAACGUGGACAAACUGUGGUUUGUGCGUUUUGCCAUCAUCUAGGUGCCACCUGUGGUUGUCAUCGCCUGCGUUGCCUCAACAUCUACCACUUCACUUGUGCCCUUCAAGUUGGCUGUACUUUUUUUAAGGACAAAACGAUGCUGUGCCACCAGCACCGGCCACGGGGAGCUGGAGCCGCCGUUAGUUUGUAUUUAGAACAGCAGCUGCGUUGCUUCUCCGUGUUCCGUCGCGUAUUUGUGCAACGUGAUGAACUGCGACAGCUAGCGGCGGCCGUGCAGCAGCCUGAGCGCGGCUACACCUUCCGUGUUGGCAGUUUGUUGUUCCAUGCAAUGGGUCAACUGCCACCUGCCCUGCUGCCCACGUUCCACUCAUCAACAGCCAUAUUUCCACCUGGCUACGAAGCAAGCCGGCUCUACUGGAGCAUGCGACAUGGCCUGAAGCGCUGCCGAUACGUCUGCUCAGUGGAAGAGCAUGAGGGUCGUCCGGAGUUCAGCAUCCGUGUCGUAGAGCAAGGCUACGAGGACCUGGUUCUCACCGACACCACUGCGAAAGGAGUCUGGGACAAGGUUCUUGGGCCUGUGGCAGAGCGGAGAGCCGAGACGGGCAUGCUGAGACUCCUUCCUGUCUAUCUGAAGGGAGAGUAUCUGUUUGGGCUCACCAUCUCUGCAGUUACCCGCAUUGCUGAAUCGCUGCCAGGUGUGCAGGCAUGUUCAAGGUAUCGAUUUCGUUAUGGCCAUAACCCCAUGUUGGAGCUUCCGCUGUCAAUCAAUCCCUCUGGCAGCGCUCGUUCUGAGUUGCAGACCUUCCCCCACCAUGAGAGGUUGAAGAUCCUAUCUGUAUGGUCCAGAACAUCUCACUGCAUCCAGAACUCAGCCAUGGCAGAGAGUGGAUCAUCUUACAGCAAACACUUUGUGCACUCCAAGUCAUCUCAGUACCGCCGGCUAAUCAGCGAGUGGAAGAAAAAUGUUUAUCUGGCACACUCCCGCAUUCAGGGUCUUGGGCUGUUUGCAGCACGUGACAUUGAGAAGCAGACUAUGGUGAUUGAAUACAUGGGGGAUAUUCUGCGUGCUGAGGUGGCUAUGAGGAGGGAGCUGCUGUACAAGGCAAAGAACCGGCCAGCAUACAUGUUCUGCAUUAACGGCGAGCAUGUUAUCGAUGCAACCCGCUCUGGAAGCCCUGCACGGUACAUCAAUCAUUCAUGCUCACCAAAUUGUGUGGCUGAGGUUGUGACGUUCGAGCGGGGCUACAAGAUGAUCAUCAGUGCCGCUCGCAGGAUUGAACGAGGAGAGGAGCUCUGCUACGAUUACAAGCUCGCCUUGGUGGAAGAUCAGAACAAGAUCCCGUGUCACUGUGGUGCCGCCAACUGCCGCAAGUGGAUCAACUGAAUGGCCGUUUAAUCACUCAGAAAUCAAAACAAGUCCAUCCCAAAACUUUGGUGCCAAUUUUCCAGAGGAAGACACAGGCUCUGUAACCUUAAAGAAGUUAGUCGAGGAAAGCUAUUAACAGCCAAUCCUGGAAGUUGUUUUAAAGGAUGGUUAUUUUUUUAUGUGCAAAACUAAGAGGAAAAACACAACGCGAGAAUACGGCGUGUGUGAGAGCCAUUCGUAUCGUCUUCUUGACUUGAAAGGAAAAGGUUCUGUUAUGUGCAUGUGCCAUGAGUUUGUGUGUUUGUUUGUGUGUGUGUGUGUGUGUGUGUGUGUGUAUGUCUGCUUGAGUGCGUGUUUCACGUGGGGUACAUUUCACCAGCGUAUGAGAUAAGCGAAUGCGAGGAAGCACUGUGCCGGGUAUGCCUUAUAUGUUGAAAGAGGGGGCAGGCCCAUUUGUAUGACGUGAUCAGUAGAGACUUUACCAUAGUAAUCAAUGUAGAACAUCACUGAAUGGAGAAUGUACGGAAUUGACUUCCGCAAAAGGGAAAAAUUAUGUUGCACUAAAAAAAAGAAAAAGAAAUAGAAAACAAAUUCACAAAAAAAAUCAAAAAUACUUGAUUCCAUGAGUCAGUUUUAUCCUAGCUAUCUCUCAUUGUUUAGUGUAAGAAAAAGUUUUGUAUUUAUUACUGUGUGUGUGAGUGAAUGAGUGGGCCUAUUUUUAAAAGCCGAUCAAAAAGGAUGCCCGACUGCAAUUCUUGCACGCAGUUUGAGAUUCUGUUACAUCUGUAAAUAGUUUGUAAAUAUAGAGAAAUAUCGGAAUGAUUGACCAAAUACUACCUUAUUCACUACCUUAUUCAUAUUGAUGUUCAGAUAUUUUAGAAGUGCUCGUUCUGUUACAUUUUUGCUUUUUUCUUGUUUCUUUUUCUCUUCAAAUUUAUUUAACAAAGACACACCAUGAUACAAGAGGACACAUGUAAUUAUGAUAUUCUACAGAAUUAAAAAGGUCAUUUCAAUAAUUCACAAGAAAAGUAUUUUUUUCUGUGCUUAGAAUGUGUUAUUGUAGUGACUUUGUGCUUUAUACAUGAUUGCUGACCAUUUUGUUGCUUUCCAUUUCAUUUGAUUCCACUUUACGUCACAUUCACCAGAGAAUUAAAACUAAGUGACAUUCUAGUAAAUCAGGCUGGAUUAUAGAUGUAGGGAUAACUGUGAAAUGAACUUUAAACCUCACAAACUGAAUUUAAAAUCACAAUCAAACAGGCACAAGUAGAUCACACUCAUUUUUUCUGAAGGGUGACGUAUGGAUUUUAUAAACACAAGAACUUUCAAAACUUCUCAGAAUGAGACGUUAUCUGUAGGAUAUUUUGCUUGUUGAAGACAUGAGUUGGAAUCGUUUGGAGGAAGAGGUGCAACUGAAAUAUAUGUACAUAUGAAGCGUACGCUUGUAUUAGUUUUAUGAAUUGAAGCAUCUGUUAAGAGAGCGCUAUUCAUUUUGUAGCCAAAAACUGUUUUUCACAUUUCACAUGCCUUGUUAUUUCAAUUUGGGAGUUUUUCUGUGUGCACAAUAUCACGUUGAAAAUUUGACAGUUUAGAAUUUUGAUUGUACUGGGCAUGAUUUUUGUUUUCUCCAAAAGAGUCUGUUGUAUAUAUUUUUUCUCAAUGAACAGCUGUAACAAAAUUGUUUCAUGGAUAUUUUCCUUGUCUUGUAAAAUACAUCGAUUUCAUAGUGUUUUUUUUUUUUUUUUGCUCUGUAUAGUAGUCUGAAUUGUUUUGAAAACUAAAGCUUUUUUGAAGUACACAGAGCGAUAUAGGGUUUGGUAUUUGAGGAACUGAAUUUACAUUUACAAAAAAAAUAAUAAAAUAUUUUACAUCAUU